AUGGGGACCGAGCCAUUGGAACAGGUGGGACUUGGGGUCACCUGGACCCCUUACUCUGGGGAAAGUGAUGAUGUGUAUCCUUCCGUGUCUCUACCAGAGCUAUGCUAUAAGGCUGAUGUUCAGUCUUUCAGUCGGACCUUUCAGCCAAGUAUUUCUCUCACAGUGGCUGCCUUUGGCCUGGCAGGCAAUGGUCUUGUCUUGGCCACCCACCUUGCUGCCCACCGUGCUGCCCGAUCACCAACCUCAGCUCAUUUGCUCCAGCUGGCCUUGGCAGACCUACUUCUGGCAUUGACCUUGCCCUUUGGAGCAGCCGGAGCCCUGCAGGGCUGGACACUGGGUAGUACUCUCUGCAGAACAGUCUCAGGCCUCUACUCAGCCUCCUUCCAUGCAGGCUUCCUUUUCUUAGCUUGCAUAAGUGCUGAUCGUUAUGUGGCCAUAGCUCAGGCUUCACCUGGGAGCCACAGGCCCCCAGCUCCAGGCAGGACCCAUGUGAUCUCUGCAGCAAUCUGGCUGCUUUCUCUGCUCUUGGCUCUGCCCUCUCUCCUCUAUGGUCAAGAUGGGCAGCGAGAUGGGCAGAGGAGAUGUCGACUGGUAUUUCCAGAGGGUCUGACCCAGGCAGUCAAGGGGGCCAGCGCCGUGGCUCAAGUGAUCCUGGGCUUUGCACUGCCCCUCUCAGUCAUGGUGGUCUGUUACGCUCUCUUGGGCCGGACACUGUUGGCCGCCAGAGGGCCAGAGCGCCGACGAGCACUUCGAGUUGUGGUGGCCUUGGUAGUGGCCUUCGUGGUCCUGCAGUUACCCUACAGCCUCGCCUUGUUGCUGGACACCACAGACCUGCUGACUGCCAGAGAGAGGAGUUGCUCAGCCAGUAAGCGCAAGGAUAUGGCAUUGCUGGUGACCGGUGGUCUGGCCUUGGCUCGUUGUGGUCUUAAUCCUAUACUUUACGCCUUCCUAGGGCUGCGCUUUCGCCAGGACCUCAAGAGACUGUUUCGAGGUGGGUGCUUCUACCACAGCUCCAGUCAACGAGGCCGCUGUCGUCGCAGGCCCCGUCUUUCUUCCUGCUCAGCUCCCACAGAAACCCACAGCCUUUCCUAUUAGUGGAUUCCUGUUCCCAAAGAACUGGGAAUGUACAUAGAUGAGAGAGAGAGAGAGAGAGAGAGAGAGAGAGAGAGAGAGAGAGAGAGAGAGAGAGAGAGAGAGAGAGAGAGAGAGAGAGAGAGAUGGAGAGAGAAAGAUGGACAGACAGAUAGAUAGAUAGAUAGAUAGAUAGAUAGAUAGAUAGAUAGAUAGAUAGAUAGAUAGAUAGAUAGAUAGAUAUUUAGGUAGGCAGGUAGUCAGAUGGCUCCAUGGAUCAAUGGAGAAUAGGACCAGGAGCUUGGAUGGGAUGGGAUUAGGAAAAAGAAGAUGACAAAAGAGAACAUGGGGAUACAAGUAGGGGAUAAAGGGAAUUUUUUCUGUUUAUUUUGACAUUAAAAUUAAAAUUUGAUUAAGCCAAA